UCUUAUGUCGGGAGUGGAUUGACCAUGUGACCUAAAAACCAAUAGGUGUCAUCUACUCCUUUUGUUGUACCGAUGUACCAAGUUUGGUGUCAACCAGGUAAAUAAUUCUUUAAAAAUAGAAGACAAUAUAUUACUAUGUCGAGUUUAACUAUUGACCUUUGACCAUGUGACCUUAAAAUCAAUAGAGGUAAUCUUCUAAAGAUGUACCAGUGUACCAAGUUUGAUAUCUGUCAAGCAAAGGGUUCUCUAGACAUUGAGUGGUCAGUAUAUUCUUUUGUCCAGUUUGACCUUUGACCAUGUGACCUCAACUCAAAUAUACAUGUAGGAUUUGUAAAGUUGAUUACUUAAUCCUUUACAUAUAUUGAUAAUUUAUCAGAUUUAUCUUGCCCGCACUAAUUGGUAUCGGCGGACCACCCACUGAAAUUAUUUCGUAGGAAUUUGUAAGGAUCGUGUAUUCUAAGGUUGAGUUCUUUUUUGAGGAGCCUGCAAUUCUUUUGAUCCUGGUUGUGAAAGUCUUAACACCGGAUCGGUACGGCGCAGUAGCUUAGUGGUAGACCGUUCGCUUCGUAACUGGGAACUCCGCUUGUGACAUAACCGCGCCAAACCUAAGAUUAGUGACUGUUCCUUCACCAAACACUCGGCAUUUAGAAGUGAGAAUCCCGUUUAUUUCGGACAUGACCUUAAAAAUGGAGGUCCCAUGUCGCGACAGGCGUUGACACGUUAAAGAACCAUCGAUCACUGCUACGGCCCUGAACGUUAAGCAUAGGUCUAAAUUUAUGGUAUUUCACCUACAGCUGGUAACGUCUCAAUAUGAGUGAAAAAUUCUCAAAGGGACGUAAAACAAUCAAUCAACCGUUCAGGUGCAAACUCCGUUCAGCGUUCACACUACGUCACAGAGGUAGGGUAGGUACCACCGGAUUCAGUAAGCGUGGCCAGCAACGAUACUUUCCAGGUCACUGUUUAAAUACAUAGACGUGAUAACAAUAAUGUGAAAUAAAUACCUCUUAUCUUGAUUGCUUUUAACACGGUUUCAUGUUUUGCCAUCAUUGAACAAAGCGUACUUAUUCAUUGGUUAAUCAAGAUAAUUGUGAUGUGUGAAUUUACCUGAUCAAAUUGCUGCUAAUAUCCGGUCCACGAUGUAUUCAAAUCAGUUUUACAUUCACACUGAGCAGUCACAUGCUCAACAAUGGCUGAUUUGAAAAAAAUAUAUCCUGUAAUUAUUAUUUUCUUUUCCUUAAAUAGCUUUCAUUGUCAAAGAACAGAAAAUGUUCGAAAUAUUGUACGAGAUAUUUUUGAAGCAAGAAAAUACGACAAGAGAAUUCGACCUGUCCAAAAUUUCUCCGAUUACGUUUUGAUAAAUAUCUCAUUUGGGAUAUCGGGAAUAAAUUUCCUAGAUGAGAAGACCGGAGUAUUUUCCGUGACGGGAUUUCUGGAUAUUUCAUGGAAAGAUGAAUUCCUGAUAUGGCAACCAGAGGUAUACGACAAUGUAACUUCUUUUACUUUACCUCAAGGAAACACGUGGUUGCCGGAUCUCAUCCUUACAAAUGGUGUCAAGAAUGUCAAAGAAUGGGGAGGAGACUCUUACUAUUUACUUAUAAACCACACUGGAGAGAUCGGCUGGUGGCCAUAUCAAGUAUUUCAAACAUACUGUGAAAUAGACGUGGUGUACUUUCCUUUUGACACCCAAACUUGUGAUCUUGUAUUUUCAAUUUGGAACCAUGACAUUUCUAUGGUACAAAUGUCACCUGGUGAAAUAACGUUAUAUGAAUAUCACGAAAACGGGGUAUGGACAUUGUCAUCCAAUAAAGUUACGGUGGGAUUAGAUGAAACAAAACUGUACAGCAAACUUAGAUUUUCAUUUACACUUCGACGAAAGUAUAAAUUUUAUUUAUGGAAUUUGAUUUUCCCACUUAUAUUGCUCGGAAUUUUGAAGAUUUGUUCGUUUUUCAUUCCUGCACAGAACGGAGAAAAGGUAUCAUUUGCCAUAACUCUCUUUCUAUCGUAUGGUGUGUUUCUGAAUUUGAUAAUUUCUUCUUUACCGGAAAACUCCGAUUCGAUAUCCUUAGUUUGUGCAUACACGGAGGUAGAACUAACAUUGGGGGUCCUCCUAGUCUUCAUUGCGAGUAUACAGGGGAAGAUAUGCAGUCGAGAUCAUCGGCUUGAGUUUUCUAAGUACGAUAUUUAUUUGAUUCGGAUAUUCUAUAAGAAGGAAUGUUUACAGAAAUGCAUGAAGAAUGCGAAGGAAGGGAAGACUGACUGGACACUAGUGACGUCAGCUAUCGAUAAACUUAUGAUAAUUCUUAUGAUGUUUAUAGAGAUUUUAAUGCUUUGCAUAUUUUCUCUUGUUUUCUUAUAUUCAUUAUAAAUGAAUUAAAGUAAAAAUCAAAUGUUUAUUUUUCAAUCCAUACGACAGUAAAAUAAUCUAUUUACGCAAAUAUAUUUAGAAAAAAAGACAAUAAUGGAAAGACAAGAAAACGAAAAUUGAACAUGGGAUGCUAUCGAUAUAACUAAACAAGAGGCCUAUGGGCCGCAUCGUUCACCUGAGCAAUUGAAUUUUCGCAAGUAAAACCACAUAUGUUUUGUUGUAACUUUGUUUUAUCCAUUCCGUACUCAAAUUCAAAGUAUCAAAACAGACUA